AUGACUUUCACCGGGGUGCUACACAUCGCGGCUCUGUUCCUGAUGCAAGGGGAGUUUCCAGGAGCUGGCAGUGAAACCAUCACUCUAAAGGAAGGAGAGGACCUCAACCUCCGCUGCACCCUCAGCAGCGGCAGCGGUUCUGCCCGGCAGUGGUUAAACCCUCAGGGCUUUGGCAUUUUUCUCAAUGCCCAGCGGGCUUUAAGAGAUCAGAGGUACCAACUUAUCCGUUAUUCGAAGGAUGAAUUAUCCAUCCGACUGUCUAACGUAACAGUGCACGAUGAAGGCGUAUAUAAAUGCUUCUACUACGGCACCCCAUUCCAAAGCAAGAACAAGACUGUUGAGGUAUCAGCUGCUCCUUCUAGCGCAGUACUGGAAGUAUCCCAAGAUGCAGAAAGAAGGAUUACACUGUCUUGCCAUACCCAAGGAUGUAAACCACAGCCCCAGAUUACCUGGCUGUUGGACAACGGGAUAGAGCUCCCUGGUGACACUAAGCACAAGUUAGAAGCUGAUGGGAAGAAAUGGACCACAACCAGCACGCUGACAGUCCUCACCUAUGGACCCGGUUCAACAGCCAGCUGCAUCGUUCGCCACCGAGCACUAAGAGCAGAGAAGCUGAUGGCAUCUUUCCAGUUUGAGGACCUCCCUAGGACGGUGACAAAUACAAAUCCUGCACCAGCUGCCCUAGAGGUGGAUACACAUGUCCCUGAGAAUGAGGAAUCUCCAGUGACCACAGCAGUGUCAGAUCCGAACAGCAGCACGGCCUCUGCUCCAAGCCACCCACAGCAUACUGGAUCUGAACAACAAACCACCCCUUCUGCAGUACCAGAGGAUCCAGGAUCUCUCUGGACAGUUGCACUAGGUGGCACUGCGCAACAGCGAACUCACCCCUCUGUUUGCACAGGGUCUGAAGUAACGCCAGCUGCGGCAGGAAGGGAAGAAUUGGCUGGUUCGUCGAGUUAUCGUGUCCCCAACGGGACUGAAAUGGCAUUCCAAGGCAAUGUCACAGAAGAGGAACUUUCCAGGACAGAAGCCCCGCUACCAAGUGCAAAUGUGACUGUGAUUUCCACCGUUACCUUGGAGCAAGAUCUGAAAUCUGAAGGCAGCAAAAAGAAGAAGAAUCUCUUGCUGCCCAUCUUGGUGGCUGCUCUGAUUUUCGCGCUGCUCAUCAUUGUCCUGCUUUUCAUGAGGAAGCUGAAAAAAGCUCACGGAGUGUGGAAGAGAGAAAAUGAUGUUUCAGAGCAGACACUGGAGAGUUAUAAAUCCAAAUCCAAUGAAGACAGUCCAAGCCAUGAGAAGAACGGACACGUUGUCAGUCAGAAGGCCAACGUGCAAUAUGUGACAGAAGGAUAUGUGGGAACAACACAGAAGAAUCCAAGAGACAAAAACAUUGCAAUAAGUGAGAAACUGUUUGGAUGUGGAAAGGAAACGGAUGUAUAG